AUCGAUAUCAUGUCAGGAAAGGCACCCGCACCCAAGAAGGGCUCUAAGAAAGCCGCUUCAAAAACUAACACCAAGGGAGGCAAGAAGAGGAGGAGGACCAGGAAGGAGAGCUAUGCCAUCUACGUGUACAAAGUCCUGAAGCAGGUCCACCCCGACACCGGGAUCUCCUCCAAGGCGAUGGGCAUCAUGAACUCUUUCGUGAGUGACAUCUUUGAGCGUAUCGCCACUGAGGCUUCACGUCUGGCCCACUACAACAAGCGUUCCACUAUCACCUCCAGGGAGAUCCAGACCGCCGUCCGCCUGCUGCUGCCCGGCGAGCUGGCAAAGCACGCAGUGUCUGAGGGAACCAAGGCUGUGACUAAGUACACCAGCUCCAAGUAAAUUGCCUGGCUGCUUAAACCCCCAAACCAAAGGCUCUUUUAAGAGCCACUCACUCCGAACUCAAGAGCACAAUCCUCCUUUAUGAAACUGUUACACAAUAGAGGUGUGUGGUGCAGAGAGACCGUGAUGCCAUUCAUGACUGCAACAGAUCGACACAUGUAUGAUUGCAUGAUGAAUAACCAAGGUGUAUAUGAAGCUCUGGUAUUAUUAACCACUUUGAGACAAGUCAUAAUAUGACUAUUAAAAAAAUUAAUUUUAUUAUAAUAAAUGUAUUCUAUACCCCUUUAACCUGUAUGUGCCUGGACACUGUAGAUGUAAAAAAUACUAAAUGAAUAUUAAGACCAAGUAAACCGCACUGUUGCAUAAACCCUGAAACCAAGGCUCUUUUAAGAGCCACUCACUCCAAACGCAAGAGC